UUUCAGGUGGAAUAUUUGCUUCAGUUUUAAAUUAAAAUAAGAAAAAAUAUCAAUGGCUGGAAAGUUAUUUGCCAUUUUUUGAGUUGUGGGUCGCCAAUGAAAAUUAACAUUCUUUUUUUUUCAUUUCCUCAAAUGGUUUUCUUGGCGUCAGUCAGUAAAAAGCGGUUUUCAGAUUUCAAGGAUUAAAAUCAAUAUUUAAAUAGCCGAGACAUGGCUUUUAUUGCCUGAACAUCGAAAAGAGGAGAACAAUUUGGUUUAUAUUACAAACAAUUUUUAUCUUUGUAAUUUGUCAUGCAUUUUGGCUUUACCUAUAUGACAAUUAGGUCCGAGGAGUGACCUAACAAUAAAAAGGAAUUAAAAAUCUGAACAUUUCAGCUGCUUUUGGUGUACUAGCAGCAUACCUUCGCUUAAACUGAAAUUACAAAUAAUAGCACAAGUAUGUUGUCAAAGUCAACUUAAGUCUCUCAGAGGAACCGAAUUCCGAAUUCAAUUCCUUUAAAUCCAUCAAAGAAAAUCUCCCUUUCACUUUUAUUUAUCUAAUUCUCUGGUUCCAGAAUAGCGGUAAAAAGAUGUCUUACAGAAUAGAGUAUGCCGAUCCCAACUCAAUUUCAGCCCAUACUGACCCAGACAAAUCAAUGGAAAACAACCCUUUGAUAACCGGCAAUCAUUCUGUUAUAACUAACGUGGAUUAUGACAAACAAGCCACGCUAACUUUUGAUUCUUGGCUGAAGCAACUGGCCAGUUUCAGAUUGAUUCCGGCUAUUAUUUCCCUCAUCGCAAUUGGCGUGAUAGUGCAAUUUCUGAGGAUAAUGCGCACGGUCAACAUCCACACACACUUUCAGAUUUACUGCAUCCUUCUGGCACUCUCCGAUCUCAUUGUGUCCUGCUGUGGACUCCUCACCAUCACUGGAUCUCUCAAGUUCUUCGAGUACAGACCACUCUCUAUAGGUGAGUCGGUGGUGUUGAUGUUCGUUGGUCUGAAUUCUCUCAACACCCACGUGCUGAUUGCGGUGGACAGGGCUAGGUCUACCCUCUCAACCGUCAUACGAC